AAUAUAAUGAUUUAGACAACGAGUGCAAUGUGUUUAACUUGUGCAUGUUUAGCAAACUUGAGGGCAAUCAACGAAUAUGUUCCUUGGUUAGUUAGAAUCAUUGUUAGUCACUAAGAAGUUAUCUGUAAUUUGAGAAUAUGGUAGGCAUACUGA